GGGGAUUCGCCCAUAAUAACAAGCCUAUACACCCAACAUGGACAGCUACCAGACCCCCCUCUCAUCCCGAUAUGCCUCCAAGGAGAUGUCCAAGCUGUUCUCCAGUGGUACCCGUUUCGGUACCUGGAGGAAGCUGUGGCUCAACCUUGCCAUCGCCGAGAAGGAGCUUGGCCUGAACAUCUCUGACAAGGCCAUCGAACAGAUGAAGGCCCAUCUCGAUCUCGACGAGGCUCAGAUGAAGGUCGCUGCUGAGGAAGAGAAGAAGCGAAGGCACGAUGUCAUGGCCCACGUUCACACUUUCGGCACUGUCGCUCCUGAGGCUGCCGGUAUCAUCCACUUGGGUGCCACUUCUUGCUACGUUACUGACAACGCCGACCUCAUCUUCCUCCGUGAUGGUCUCGACAUUCUUCUUCCCAAGCUUGCUACCGUCAUUUCCCGCCUUUCGUCGUUCGCCCAACAAUACCGAGACCUCCCUACUCUCGGUUUCACCCACUUCCAGCCCGCCCAGCUCACCACUGUCGGCAAGCGAGCCACCCUCUGGAUCCAAGAGCUCCUCUGGGACUUGCGAAACCUCGAACGUGCCAGGAACGACCUUGGUUUCCGAGGCGUCAAGGGUACCACCGGUACCCAGGGCUCUUUCUUGGCCUUGUUCGAUGGCGACCAUGACAAGGUCGAGAAGCUUGACAAGAGAGUGACUGAGCUCUUUGGCUUCCCUUACGCCUACCCCGUGACUGGUCAGACCUACUCUCGAAAGAUCGAUGCCGAUGUUCUCGGUCCUCUUUCCAGCUUUGGUGCCACCGUCCACAAGAUCGCCACCGACAUCCGAUUGCUCGCCAACCUGAAGGAGAUCGAGGAGCCUUUCGAGAAGGACCAGAUUGGCAGCUCCGCCAUGGCCUACAAGCGAAACCCCAUGCGAUGCGAGCGUGCUUGUUCCCUCGCCCGACACCUCAUGGUCAUCUACCAGAACACCCUCAUGACCUCCUCUGUCCAAUGGCUCGAGCGAACCCUCGACGACAGUGCCAACCGACGAGUCACCAUCCCUGAGGCCUUCCUCACCGCCGACAUCCUCCUGACCACUCUUCAGAACAUCUCUGAAGGUCUCGUCGUCUACCCCCGCGUCAUCGCCCGCCGUAUCUCCCAGGAGCUCCCCUUCAUGGCCACCGAGAACAUCAUCAUGGCCAUCGUCAAGGCCGGUGGUGACCGUCAAGAAUGCCACGAAAAGGUGCGAGUGCUCUCGCACCAGGCUGGUGCGGUUGUGAAGGAGGAGGGCGGUGAGAAUGAUCUGAUCGAGAGGGUCAAGAAGGACAGCUACUUUGAGCCUAUCUGGGCGCAGCUUGAUGAGCUUUUGGACCCUAGGACUUUUGUUGGCAGGGCUCCCGAGCAGGUUGACGGAUUCGUUUCCCAGUGGGUCGAGCCGGCUCUCAAGCCUUACGCCGAGUCUCUCAAGAACGUCAAGUCUGCCGAGUUGUCCGUUUGAUUGGGUACUGUGACACAGUUGUGAUGUGGCCUGUUUCAUGCUGGAGGAAUUUCAACAUCCCCCAAAAAAGUGUGACCUGUCUGUUCAUUAGCAAAUGCAUUUUCUUUGAUGACGUUGCUAUCCGACGGACGUGUCUCUAUGCGAGCGCGUCUGCGUUUGCUAAUGUUUGUCGAUACCGCAAGUCAUCAGGCUGUUUCAGAGGCUGCAGAUGAGGAGCUAUCCACCAUGAAGAGAGAAGCGAAAGCAGCAGACCAGAGGAUGGGCGCAAGGGGGUCACAGAGAGUGGUCGAGUUGGGCAAAGGGAUGAGAUCCGUCAAAAGUUCACCUUUGCACUAGACAGUGCUCCCCC